CAAUCCCCUUGACUCACUGUGGCCCCCCUCGGACGUUCACCCUCGAGGUGGAUAUAUAGGGACAGGGUCCUUCCCCUGUUUCUUGAACAAGCCCUGCCAUUGCACGCUCUGCUCUUGCAUUGCAUUGCACUGCAUGUGAGCUGAAGUCUGCGUUGGACUGAGGUGGUGAGAAACUCGUGCCAAUGGCAUCAUCGGUCACUGAGAAGGCGGCGCCCUGCUGCUCCUCUGAGUCCCCCGCGCUCGCUGUUUCCGACUGGACCCAACACCCCGAGGAGCCUGCCCAUAAUGCCCUGCCCCUCCACCCCAUCGAGGUCCUCCCCGGCUCCCAUCCCACCACUCCCGCCCCUAAAGGACUCCCAAUCAUGGUGAAGUCUCAUACGAGCCACCCUCUGGAUCCGCUCUCUGCAGCCGAGAUCUCCGUCGCAGUCGCCACUGUCCGAGCCGCUGGUGCCACCCCGGAGGUGCGAGACGGCAUGAGGUUCAUUGAAGUAGUCCUGGUGGAACCGGACAAGCACGUCGUGGCGCUGGCAGACGCAUACUUCUUCCCUCCUUUCCAGCCCUCACUACUCCAGCGGACCAAGGGCAGGCCCAUCAUCCCGGGCAAGCUCCCUCCAAGACAAGCAAGGCUCAUUGUCUACAACAGGAAGUCGAACGAGACAAGCGUGUGGAUCGUUGAGCUAUCAGAGGAUCAUGCCGCCACCCGGGGCGGGCAUCACCGUGCGAAAGUUAUCUCAUCCAAAGUUGUUCCCGAUGUUCAGCCUCCCAUGGAUGCAGUGGAGUACGCGGAAUGUGAAGCUACUGUGAAGAACUUCCCUCCAUUCCGGGAGGCGAUGAAGAGGAGGGGCAUAGAGGACAUGGACCUUGUCAUGGUUGACCCUUGGAAUGCUGGUUAUUACAGUGAAGCCGAUGCUCCCAGCCGCAGGCUUUCUAAACCAUUAGUUUUCUGCCAGUCAGAGAGUGAUUGCCCAAUGGAAAACGGUUAUGCUCGUCCAGUAGAAGGGCUCCACAUCCUCGUCGAUAUGCAGAAUAUGGUUGUUCUAGAGUUUGAGGACCGCAGACUUGUUCCCCUACCACCUGUUGAUCCAUUAAGAAACUACACUCGAGGUGUGACUAGGGGUGGUGUCGAUCGGAUCGACGUGAAGCCCCUGCAUGUCAUUCAACCUGAGGGUCCGAGCUUUCGAGUUGAUGGGCACUUUGUCGAAUGGCAAAAGUGGAGUUUCCGGGUUGGAUUCACGCCCAGAGAGGGACUAGUUAUCUAUUCUGUAUCGUAUCUUGAUGGUAGUCGCGGUCGGAGACCUGUGGCGCACAGGUUAAGUUUUGUGGAGAUGGUCGUGCCUUAUGGAGAUCCCAAUGAGCCACAUUAUCGCAAGAACGCUUUUGAUGCCGGAGAAGAUGGUCUGGGCAAAAAUGCGCACUCUCUUAAAAGGGGUUGUGAUUGUUUAGGCUAUAUCAAGUACUUUGAUGCGCAUUAUAACAACUUCACUGGAGGUGUUGAAACAAUUGAGAAUGCUGUUUGCUUGCACGAAGAGGAUCACGGGAUUCUGUGGAAGCAUCAGGACUGGAGAACGGGAUUAGCUGAAGUUAGGCGGUCUAGAAGGUUGACGGUGUCGUUUAUAUGUACUAUAGCAAACUAUGAGUAUGGAUUUUUCUGGCACUUUUAUCAGGAUGGGAAAAUUGAAGCUGAGGUUAAGCUUACUGGCAUUUUGAGUCUAGGCGCUCUGCAACCUGGCGAGACUCGGAAAUACGGUACAAUGAUUGCUCCUGGCCUUUAUGCUCCGGUCCAUCAGCACUUCUUUGUUGCUCGAAUGAACAUGGCUGUUGAUUGUAAACCUGGUGAAGCUCAUAAUCAGGUUGUCGAAGUGAACGCUAAGGUCGAAGGACCAGGGAAGGAAAACAUCCACAAUAAUGCAUUCUAUGCUGAGGAAGAACUUAUCCGAUCCGAGAUGGAGGCAAUGCGAGAUUGCAAUCCCCAUGCCGCCCGCCAUUGGAUUGUAAGGAAUACAAGAACUGUUAAUCGGACAGGGCAGCUGACAGGCUACAAGUUGGUGCCAGGGUCAAAUUGCUUACCGCUAGCAGGUGAUGAGGCCUUUUUCUUGAGACGGGGAGCUUUCGUGAAGCACAACCUUUGGGUCACACGCUAUGCACCUGAUGAGAUGUACCCAGGAGGAGAGUUUCCCAAUCAGAACCCACGUGUCGGGGAGGGAUUGGCCACUUGGGUCCAGCAAAACCGGUCGCUUGAAGAAGCUGACGUAGUCCUCUGGUACGUAUUUGGGGUUACACACAUUCCUCGGCUUGAAGAUUAUCCUGUCAUGCCUGUGGAGCACAUUGGAUUCAUGCUCAUGCCACAUGGGUUCUUCAACUGCUCGCCGGCAGUAGAUGUUCCUCCUAAUGCAAGCGUAUUGGACCACAAGGAGGAUGGAAUGUCGACAAAGGCCAUUUCUAACGGGUUAAUUGCGAAGCUCUGAGGGUUCUCGGUGUGAUCAUAUAUAGCAAAAAGGACAUCCUUUCAUUUUUUCACUGAAGUUCUGUGAUUUACUUAUUACGGGGGUCAUGCUAUAUAUGAUAAACAUUUUCUGUGUUGUUAAAAUAGCUUUCAUGAGAGACUCAUGCUCUCGAGUUCUUUGUAUCCUUGUGAGAUUCGAAAGGAAAUAAAUGAAUAAGCUUUUUAUUAUCUGAA